AUGAUCGGUAGCAUCGACUGUACCCACUGGAGUUGGAGAAAUUGUCCACAUAGUUUGCGUGGGCAAUACCACCGGGGUGAUCAUGAACGCCCGACUAUCAUACUUGAGGCCGUUGCUUCCUAUGAUGUAUGGUUUUGGCAUGCAUAUUUCGGUGUUGCGGGCUCAAACAAUGACAUCAAUGUUUUGAAGCAAUCGCCAUUGUUUAUUCUCGAAGUGAAUGGGAAGUCUGCUGAGUGCGACUUUACCGUAAACGGGCAUCGUUACGACAGAGGAUACUAUCUAGGGGAUGGUAUUUACCCACCAUGGUCUUGUUUUCUGAAGGCGUAUGCAUACCCGGUCGCGAGAAAGGAGAAGAUAAUGAGAAAACUCCAAGAAUCCGCGAGAAAAGACGUUGAGCGAGCAUUCGGGCUUCUGAAGAACAAGUGGGCUAUCAUCGAACGACCAACACGGAUGAGGGACAAAGAAAAGAUCACUAACGCGAUGUAUGCGUGUGUUAUUUUACACAACAUGAUACUCAAGGACGACGGCAACAUGAUAUCACCGGUGUACAUCAGGGAUCCUCCUAACGGUAUUCGUGCUACCGACCCUAAUUUUCUCCAUCACUUAUGUAACGAAGAGACGCAUUACAUGUUACGUCGUGAUAUUACGAAGCACGUGGGAGAUCUAGAUAUCGAUGUUUAG